GCCCGGGCUCUUUCCAUUGAGCCACGCUGCUUCUCUGGGAAGGCAGCUACCCGCUGUCGUCAUCCACCCCUUGAUUGUUUUCUGACCCUGAGCCCCGGCCGCCAUGUUCUGGAAGUUCGACCUGCACCCGAGCUCCCACCUGGACGCGCUGCUGGAGCGGGAGGGCCUGAGCCUGCGGGAGCUGCUGGACGAGGAGGACGUGCUGCAGGAGUGCAAGGGGGUCAACCGCAAGCUGCUCGAUUUCCUCCUGCAGCCCCAGCACCUGGAAGCCAUGGUGGCCUCCCUCACGCAGGAACCUCCUGCCGACGGGGACGAGAGGCUCCGAUACAAGUACCCCAGCGUGUCGUGCGACAUCCUGACGGCAGACGUGCCCCAGAUCAACGAUGCGCUGGGCGGGGACGAGGCGCUGCUGCGGCAACUCUACGGCUUCCUGCAGGCCGGGGGCAACCUCAACCCUCUGUUGGCCAGCUUCUUCAGCAAGGUCAUGGGCGUCCUCAUCAACCGCAAAGCCGACCAGAUCGUGUCGUUCCUGCAGAAGAAGGACGACUUCGUCCCGCUGCUGCUGCGGCACAUCGGCACUUCCGCCAUCAUGGACCUGCUGCUCCGGCUGCUCACCUGCGUGGAGGGACCGCAGCUGCGCCAGCACGUUUUCACGUGGCUUAAUGAGGAGAAGAUCGUCCAGAGGCUUAUCGAGAUGAUUCACCCAUCCAAGGAUGAGAGUCAACACUCGAACGCGGCCCAGUCCCUGUGUGAUAUCGUGCGCCUGAGCCGGGAGCAGAUGAUCCACAUCCAGGACAGUCCCGAGCCAGACCAGCUCUUGGCCACCCUGGAGAAGCAAGAGACGGUGGAGCAGCUGCUCAGUAACAUGUUCGAGGGGGAGCAGCAGAGCGACUCCGUCGUCAUCUGCGGCAUCCAGGUCCUCCUCACGCUGCUGGAGCCCAGGCGACCCCGGUCGGAGUUCGGGGGUCCGGGCGGCUUCUACUGCACGGUGGACGGUCAGCCGGAGCUCACCUCCCCCGUCGGCCCGGACACCCUCACCAGCCAAGCCAGCCUGGGGACCCUGCUGGCCCUGCGCCCCCGGCUCCGCCACUUCCACCAGCUGCUGCUGCGACCCCCGAAGGAAGAGGUGCUGCGGACAACGUGGGGGAGGUUGGAGCCUCCCCUGGGCGCGCCCCGCCUGCACGCGGUCAUGUUGCUGGGCAGCGCCCUGAUGGCCCCCGAGCCCGGCUUGAGGGAGGAGCUGCUGGGCCUGGAUACCCUCAACACCCUGCUGGACCUGUACUUUCAUUACGUCUACAACAACUUCCUACACGCUCAGGUGGAGCUGUGCAUCAGCAACUUGCUCAGCUCGGGGCCCCCGGGGCAGGGGGACGGGGAGUGCGACGCUCCCACCCACAACACCCACAGUGCCGUCGUCAGACACCUCUUGCAGCGGUGCCGCUUGGUACAGCGGAUCCUCUCCGCCUGGGAGGAGAAUGACCGGAUCCAGUGAGUGCCCGCAGCCUGAGGGGGGCGACGCCAAGGCUACAUGGGUCACCUGACGCGGAUGGCCAACGCGGUGGUGCAGAGCGUGGAAGCGGGCCCCAACGCGGCGCUCCUCGGGCAGCUCCUCCGGGAGCUGCCCGCGGAGGAGCAGGAGCGCUGGGAGACCUUUGUGUCGGGGCCGUUGGCCGAGACCAAUCGACGGAACCGCGUGGACCUGGUGACGGCGCACCCCCGGCCCUCGUCCAGCGAGGACGAAGAUGACCCUCGGCUGAAGGAGUUCGCCUUCCCCGAAGAAGCCGCCCUGCAGCAGGCGUUCAUGGAUUUCCAGAUGCAGCAGAUGACGUCCGCGUUCAUCGACCAUUUCGGCUUCAACGACGAGGAGUUUGGGGAACAGGAGGAGAACGUCAAUGCUCCCUUCGACAAGACAGCAAACAUCACCUUCUCCCUGCAUGCCGACGGCGAGAGCCCGAACUCAAACCUGUUUGAGAUUUGCUGCAAGGAGAGGAUCCGGCACUUUGACGAUGACGACGACGAGGAUUCGGACGGGGAGGCCGGCAGCUGGGAGGACCAACCGCUGCCUGCCGGGGCCCGGUCCGGCCCGGCUCACGGACUCCUGAGCAGAGACAGCACAGACAGUGAGGAGGAGGAGGAGGAGGAGGAAGAAGAAGAGGAGGAGGAGGAGGAGGAAGAAGAUUCAGGUGGGGAUGAGACAGGCCCCCCAAACUCAGAGACAUCCCAUGACCCAGACUGCCCGGCGCGUGGGACCUCAGCGCCCACCUUCCCCGAGGCGGAACCUCUGGCCCAGAGCGGGGCCGCCCCCCAGCCCUCAGACAGUGGAGCCUUGUCGGCUGGCUGUCCAGCCCCCUCAUCUCAGGAAGUGACUCGUGGCCAAAUACCUCCCAACACAGCUCCCGGCAGGAGCAAUGGUGGGGACCCCGGUGGGGGGAGCAUCCCCAACCCACCACUCCCAGGAGCUCCGGACAGCCCCUUCCCCUUGCCCAAUGGCCCUUUUCAUGAAGACCCUGCCUCUCCGGUGGCCAAGUGA